UAUCUGUCUGCGCACACGCUAGGAUUCACGCGACUUGGAUUUAUACAGCUUCUGGAUUUCAGCCCCAUCUAAAUCAUGAAGACCGUUAUUAUUGAUGGGGGGCGACUCCUGUUUCUGGUGAUGUGGCUGAACCUUGUGCCUCAAACUGACAGCUGCCCUGCCAAGUGUGUGUGCUAUAGUGAGCCCAGGCCCACCGUGGCCUGCCAACAACAAGGACUGUUUUCCAUCCCGACUGAGAUCCCCGUGCGGAGCCAGCGGAUAUUCCUGCAGAGCAACAAGCUAACGGUGGUGAGGUCCACCAGCUUCAGCUCUUGCCACAAUCUCACUGUUCUCUGGCUGUACUCCAACAACAUCAGCUACAUCGAGGCUGGAGCCUUCUACGGCUUGGAAAAACUGGAGGAGCUGGACAUCGGAGAUAACAGCAAACUCCGCACCAUCAGCCCUACAGCCUUCCGGGGCUUAACUAAGCUGCACACCCUCCACCUGCACAGGUGUGGCCUGUCAGAGCUCCCCAUCGGGGUUUUUCGAGGAAUGUUCUCCCUACAGUACCUUUACCUGCAGGACAAUAACAUUCUAACCCUGCAUGAUGACACUUUUCUGGACCUUGCCAACCUCACCUAUCUCUACCUGCACAAUAACAAAAUCAAGAUAGUCACAGACAACAUGUUCCGAGGCUUAAUCAAUCUGGAUCGGCUGCUGCUCCACCAGAACCAAGUUAUCUAUGUCCAACAAAGGGCUUUUAGUGACCUUGGCAAGCUGAAAUCCCUGUUCUUGUUCUUCAACAACCUUACUGUCUUGACCGGAGAGACCAUGGACCCUCUGGUGUCUCUCCAGUAUUUGCGUUUAAAUGGGAACCAGUGGAUCUGUGACUGCCGGGCGAGGACCUUGUGGGACUGGUUCAAACGCUUCAAAGGUUCCAGCUCUGAGUUGGAGUGCAAUAUUCCAGAGUUCCUGGCAGGAAAGGACCUGAAACGGCUGAAAAGUGAAGACUUGGAGGGGUGUGUGGAAACACCCCAAAUCCAGACCAAUCUCUUUAGUUCCAAGGCACAGUCUGGGAAAUUUCCCUCCACUGAAAAUCCUCUUGGAGACACCAUACCCAGGUGUUGCCUUGGAGAUAACGACAAGUCCUCCAUCCUGUCUGGCAAGAGCCGCCAAAUCACUAACAACCCCCUUAAGGAAAAGGAGAACAUGUCUAAAACUAAAUAUAAGGAGCCGGAACGAACGAAAAACGAGACCCAGAACAAGCAGAAUGAUGGACCGCUGGGAACCCUGUCCAACACCUUGGACAAGUCUUUGGAAAAUCUAAACCCUGAGCUUAUAGACAAUCUGGAAUCAUCUACAGCGUCAAACAAAAAGAAAAAGAAGUGCUCCAAAAAGCCCAAAUCGGACACCCAGUGCAUCAAAGGCCGGGGUUCUGCUUUGCAAGUGCUGCACUCUCUCUUCAUUCCCAUGAUCUGGAUAUCUCUAGCCAUGUCUUAGGACUCCUGAUCUCACUCUGAACACAGGACUCAAGAUUGUUGAUGCUCAUGACAAUGAUAACAGAAGAUGCAGUGACAUCUACAACAGACAGUGACUGAAAAGCGAGGAGUCACGUAGACCCGACAGGGGUCAGGACAAACAAUGACGAGGACGUUAGAGUACAUUUAACAAAAUGGAUGCCUUUACAGAACACUACAGAUCUAAUGUAUAUAAUGAAUUGGUGCCCAAAAUUGUUUGUUCUCUAUGUACUUAACUGUACUGUGUCUAAGCUACACUUUGGAGACUCCUCCCUGUUUUCCCUCUCAAAAGCUUUUACUGCUUAGACAGACCACUGGAAGAGUUAAAAAAAAAAAAAAAAGACAAAAACAACAACAACAACAGAAAAAAAAAAUCCAGGAAAUCAGAGACA